AUGGAUAAGAGGUAUUUGGGUUCAGCAUGCAAAGCCAUUAGUUUGGUCUGGUAUGACGAUGGUGAAAGCCUGAAAAAAAGGACGGUGAGUGAGGUCCAACUCAUGCACAACCUGGGGCAGCACAAGCAGAUGCAGGAGCGUCGGGAGUGGCUACAGAUGAGGCUCCGGGGCAUCCACACCGCCCCGGCCCGGGCCAGCGGGGAAGCGGGCCGGACGAGGAGGAGACUGCUUCCCGAGGACUUACCCGACCUGAGCGACCUGACACCGGAGGAGAUCCAGUACGCCUUAAACCUGCUGGAGAAGCUCCUCAGCUCUAAACAGUCGUGA